AUGGCCGUCAUCGGAGAACGCCGCGCCAAGUUCUCCGCGGCGGGGCUUCUCCCCCUGCUCGUCCUCGCAUUGCUACUCCAGGCGCCCUCCGCGUCCGCCCGCCGCUGGUUCUGGAACGACGCCCUCUUCCCCGUCGGCUCCACAGGGGAAACGAACCCCGCCGCCGCACUCGCUGCCGCGGAAUCCAGCGGAUCGGCGACGGCUGCCGAGUCGGCUCCAGUAGUCCCGACGCCAGCCCCGGUGGCGCCUGCGCCGGCGCCGACGGCGGCUCCUGCGGUGUCGUGCUACGACGCCGUCCCUGUGGACCCUUUCGUCUUGUCCGGAGCCGCGCCCGACCCGUGUGCUAAGCUGGCGGCGGAGCUGAAGCGCAGUGCGGGGAAAUUGGCGGGCAAGACUGGAGGGGUAGGGUUCGCGGCUCCUUCUCUCUUCCGCGCGUGCCACUCCACGUUCCUGUUCAGGAAGGACUGCGACGUGGGGGACCUUCUGUCGAUCGGGAACGCGUUCGACAAUCACUACGUGUACAAGCACAUCGCAAUGGACUCGCCGGACCAGACCAACCUGCCGAGCAGCGUCGAUAUUCUCGCGGAGAUGAGGAAAAUCGUCCUGAAGGCCCUUGAUGGAAAGUACGCGCGGCUGGUGGACGCGCACAUGGCGGCGUACCGGGCGAUCAACUCGCUCAACGACGGGCACACCUUGUUCAUACCGCAAUGCUUCUUGGGAGAAUUCAACUUGCCGCUGCCGCUCAUGGCUGUCGUCGAAAACGGGCAGCAGAUCAUUCGCGUUUCGCCGCGCCGAUAUGUCACUCCCAGCGGGACGGAUCAUGUUGCAAAGGUUCUGCACAACUUUGACUUCGGCCUUUACGAGGGCCGACAGGUAUUCCUGGUGGGCGGCAACACAGCUGUGAUCUGGAUUCACCAGUUCAGUCCCAUCGCUGCGGUAACGCAGGAGUUGGCAGCUAAUAAUAUUGAUAUGGAAAAGUUCAUGAUUCUGCAGGUCACCAAGGCUCUUAAUACCGCAGCAGCAUCCGGCGCCUCGCAGAUCAUCAUAGACGUGCGGGGCAACGGUGGCGGCUCCACUGUUGCAGCAUUCACAGCCAUCCGUCUCCUCAUGGGGGCAGACAAGGUCCCGGACUCGGAUUUCGCCAUGCCCAUGGAUCUCGUCAUCGGCACUGAGUACACGGAGAGUGCAAUUAAUGUUCUCUCCAUCGACCCCGCAACUCACUAUUACUUUAAAGCAUACGCCGACCUCAACGGCACCGAUUUCUCCAGCGGCUUUGACUACGCUCCUUUCCGCAAGCUCCGCUUCACGAAAAAGGGCCCUGCUGGAAACUACUCGGCACGGUUCAAGGCGAAGCACCAGUUUGCCGGGAACCAAACGCAGCCCAUCUUUGGCGACCGCCCCUUCAUGGUCCUAUCGGACGGAAACUGCUUCUCCGCCUGCGCCAUCCUCACGCACGUCCUGGGGAAACGCCACAAAGUGCCCAUGGUAACCGUGGGUGGUUUGCCCAACCAGCCCCCUGAUGUGGGCUCCUCGUGCCUCGGGUUUACCCUACCUGACGUCUAUUCGAUGGCACCAGGCCUCCGCAAUCUCGCUGCCUUAGAGCCAAUGAACUCGCCGCCGCCUCUCAAGGUGAAAGGGUCGGUUGGCAUGGCGUUUACUAAUGGUUACGUGGAUUCGGAGAUUCCGUGCGAGUUUGAGUUUCUGCCCAGCCAGCAUCACAUCAACUACACCGUUGAUCUCAUUGACAAGCCCUGGGCCAUGUGGAGCGAGGUGGCCAAGCUCUUUGCCUCCCCUGCUGCCUAG